AUGGCUUCAGAUCGCCUUCAUUUUGCAAUUCUCUGCCAAAAACCAAAGAGUGGAGCUGCAAAUGCCCAUUAUUUCUGCAUAGAUGAUGAACUUGUAUAUGAGAACUUCUAUGCGGAUUUUGGACCACUCAAUCUGGCAAUGGUCUACAGAUACUGCUGCAAGCUAAAUAAGAAAUUAAAGUCAUUUUCAUUGAUAAGGAAGAAAAUAAUUCAUUAUACUGGCUUUGAUCAGAAAAAACAAGCAAAUGCUGCAUUCCUCAUUGGCUCUUACGCAAUAAUAUACCUGAGAGAAUCCCCAGAAGAUGUGUAUAGGCUUUUAUUGGCUGGAAACAUUUCAUAUCUUCCCUUCAGGGAUGCCUCAUUUGGGACUUGCAGUUUUCAUUUAACAUUGCUGGACUGUUUCCAUGCAAUAAACAAGGCUUUGCGGUAUGGUUUCCUGGAUUUCAAUGUGUUUGAUGUAAAUGAGUAUGAGCAUUAUGAGAGAGCAGAAAAUGGAGAUUUUAACUGGAUAAUACCAAACAAAUUCAUUGCCUUCAGUGGACCUCAUUCAAGAAGUAAAAUUGAAAAUGGUUAUCCCCACCAUGCUCCAGAGGCUUAUUUCCCAUACUUCAAGAAACAUAAGGUCACCACUAUAAUACGCCUCAACAAAAAACUAUAUGAUGCCAAACGAUUCACAGAUGCUGGAUUUGAGCAUUAUGACCUCUUCUUUGCUGAUGGAAGCAUACCUAGUGAUACUAUAGUCAAAGCAUUUCUAAAUGUUUGUGAAAGUGCUGAAGGUGUUAUAGCCGUUCAUUGCAAAGCUGGUCUUGGUCGAACUGGCACCCUCAUAGCCUGUUACGUUAUGAAGCAUUACCGGAUGACAGCUGCUGAAGCUAUUGCCUGGAUCAGAAUAAAUAGACCUGGUUCUGUGAUUGGACCCCAGCAACACUUUCUGAUCGAGAAACAGGCAGAACUUUGGACAGAGGGAGAUAUUUUCCGUGCAAAGAUGAAAGAAAAUCGUAAUAUUGCUGUGACAAAAAUCCUGUCAGGAGUAGAUGAUAUUUCAAUUAAUGAUGCAAAAAACAGGAGAGCCAGACAAAAGGACACUGAACUGUACAGUGAUGAAGAUGAAACAAACUGUGUAACACAAGGUGAUAAACUUCGUGCUCUAAAAAGUAGAAGGCAGGCAAAAACUACAACCACAUCUCCACUAACAAUAAUUCUACAGUCCAGUGUUCAGAAAACUAAAACCUCUGAACCUAGCAUUUCUGACUGUACAGACAUUACUAAAAGAACUACCAGGUCUGCUGCAAGAAAAAACAAUUUAAAAAGCAGCCAAUCCGCCCCAAGGACUAGAACAGUAUUGCGUUAAAUUUCACAUAAGCAACCAGUCUUGAAGAGAAUAUUCGGGAGUGAAAGGGAUAUCACUAGAAAGGACUUGUUGCAAUUCAAAAAAAGAAGAUUCCUUGGCUCCAUAUUUCAGCAAAGAUUAAGCAGAAAAUGUUGUCCAAUUUGCAGAAUAAAAUGAACUGUCAACAUGCUUAAUAGACAGCUUCCUAAUGUGCUAAACACUUACCCAAACAAAAUCAAUGAAAUCUGACUGUAAAUUUAGACUCAGGUGUAAAUACAUGAGCUCUCUAUUAUAAAGAGGGCUUGCUAGUGCGUACGAUGCAUGUGUAUAACUGUGAUGGCAAUCACUUAGUUGCUGACCACCACAAGUGAAAGGAGGGUGAGAGCUCUUAAAAUAAUGAGAAUCUGUGUUUUCCAUCCAGAUUGGGCUUCUGCUGAAGUCUCCAAAAGAGAGUGAAACUCAACUUCAAAGCCUUUAUUCCGAUCAUGUGGGUACUCUCCUAUGUUAAUUGGCUGUCCUUCCUUACUCUGUAUGUUUUUUUCCUGUGAAGCUGUCAUGUUGAGUAUAUAAGUAAUCAUCUUCCACCAAAGAGUGCUUUAUUUUCAAGGGUUGUGUAUUUCCUUUUUUAAACCUAACUGAAAGCAAUUAAGUUGUUUUUAGUAGUAAAAGGUUUUUAAUUGUUCACAACCAAUGGCUAUUUUAACUUGUUCUCUUUGCUUUAAAUCUGAUACGACUGUAAAGGGGAGAAAAAACAGUUUACCACUUACAGCAGUGCUAUCAUGUUGAACUGUCAUGACUCUUUCCUUUCCUGAAACUCUGUACUGUAACAAAAGGUAAGAUUUUUUCCCAGGUUUUGUUGGUGUGUUUAAUAACAUUAAUGGUCAUUGUUAGCUUCCCUUGAGAUACUACUAAGUGCAGCUCACAAAAAGGAAAAAAAAAAAAAAGGAAAAAAAGAUCAUGGAACCACUGAAAUUUGCAGUGAGCUCAGGGGCAGGCAUAUCAUUUUACAACAAACAAUUUCUAGAAAAAUAGUGAUUCUUAACAUCUGAUUAAGACUUGAAAAGCUACAGCUUACUGCUGUUAAAAAGCAGUGUCGUUUUUAGAGGAAUCUGCCGAGACUUAAAUUUUCUCC